AUGCACCAGGGUAGUCAUAUCACAAGUCAUAAUGGCACUUGUGGCAGGUUCAUCUCUGGGGAGAAAUUUGAGGAUGAAAACUUCAUCUUGAGCAUUCAGAUCCUGGCAUCUUGUCCAUGGAAAAUGCUGGGCCAAUCACAAAUGGUUCCCAACUUUUUACCUUCACUGCCAAGACUGAGUGGCUGGAUGGAAAACGUAGUCUUUGGGAAGGUGAAAGAAGGCAUGGACAUCAUGGAAGCCAUGGAGCAUUUAGGGUCCAGAAACGGUAAGACCAACAAGAAGAUCACCAUCUUCCACUUUGGACAACUGUAA